ACCUUUUAACCCUUCAGCCUCGUGGCCCUUGACCGACAUAUUUGUCGCUGGUCGAGUAGGACAUGGCAAAGACUCUCGAGAAAGAGGUCGUAGCGGCGAUCGAACUGGCAAUAACCAACGCCCAGAAAUCAGGCCAGCCUCCGGAUCUGCAUGCCAUAGCAGCCAGAUUCAACUGCACCUACCAAUCUGUAUGCUACAUCCGCAGACGCAUAGAGAAGCACCAGCGGACCGGCGUCGACGACCGAAAGAAACCCGGGCGGAAGCCACUAGCGGACCGCGAUAAGAUGGCAGAAUCCAUCAAGGGCCUUCUUGCGCGAAGACCGGGACUGGAUCAGAGUGCCAUCCGUGAUUGUCUCUUCGACGAGUAUGGGGUGCGGCUGUGCCAAGCAACGAUCUCGAGAAUGUUGAGGAGGAAUGCGAUCCCGCAUAAGAUCUCGAAUAAGCUGUACAAGAAGUCGAAACUAUUCACUACCAACGAGGGCUGCGUGAUAGCUGGGGAGGCGUCAGGGGCGGCGGCUACUUAUCCAUUACCCUCGGCUUCGGACGAGACUUGCAAAAGUCCAUAUGCUUCUGCAGCAGAAGUUCUCGGAGAGGAGAUGCCCAAUAACCUAAUGACGACUCCUUCAGCCAACAUGACAUCUAAUCAUCCAUCCAUAGGUGCGAAUGCCAUGGCUCACAAUCGUUGACCUACGGAACUAGAGAAUGCGGCAUAUGACAAUCCGAAUCCAUAGACUUCGGUGAUAUGAACUUGGAUCAUGGCUAUGAGGGGGGUUAGGAGUUCGGUUUGCAGAAGAGAAUACCCCAGGGCGCGUCGAUUUUCUAGAGUUGUUAUUUCUCUUCC